CAAACAGCUGUUCGACGACCAACAGCUGAUAAGAACUUUGGCAAGCAACGUGUUUUUUUUUUGCACAAAGUUGAAUUUUGGCAAUUGGACAAGCAACAAGUGAUUUUGGAAUAAAAAAUGGGCGAUGUUACAGGCCUGACCAAUGCUGAAGCCGACGAGCUUUGCCAAAAACAGGAUCCAACUACAAAGGACUUCCUGUUCCAGCAAACGAUGUACCGCAUCAAGGACCCACGCAAAUCGUUGCCCUUUUACACAGGUGUCUUGGGCAUGACUUUGCUGGUGAAAUUGGACUUUCCUGAGGCAAAGUUCAGCUUGUAUUUUAUGGGCUACGAAAAUCCCGCCGAUGUACCCAAAGAUCCCAAAGAGCGCCGAAGCUGGGCAAUGAGUCGCAAAGCCACCAUCGAAUUGACCCACAACUGGGGCACCGAAAGCGAUCCGGAUCAAAGCUAUCACACGGGCAACAGCGAGCCACGUGGCUACGGCCACAUCGGUCUGAUGGUACCCGAUGUCUAUGCUGCCUGUAAACGCUUCGAGGAGCAUGGCGUGGAGUUCAUCAAGAAGCCCGACGAUGGCCGCAUGAAGGGCUUGGCAUUCAUCAAGGAUCCCGAUGGCUAUUGGAUUGAGAUUUUCAAUGCCUAUACCGUACAGAACUAAAUACUGAGAUAUUCAUAAAGAUUUUGUUUUCCUGCCAUUUUAAAUAGUUACCGAAACGGCAAAUUUUUUUAUAUAUUCUGUUUUUUUUUAAGAAAUUAAACCUAAUUUUCGCAGGG